AUGAAUAUUAUCAAGUCUCAAAAUGCAUCAUAUCUAUACAAGUUUAUUCAACGUUAUGCUUCAUCACAAGCUUUAGUCACUGAUUUAAAAGGCAUUGUUGGAAAUGAUAAUGUUUCAAAUAGUAGAACUGUCCGAGUACAACAUAGCCAUGAUGAAUCUUAUCAUGCAGGUCAUGAACCCGAUGUUGUUGUAUUUGCACAAAGCACAGAUCAUGUUUCACAAAUUGUUAAAUAUUGUGCAUCAAAACAUAUUCCUAUUAUACCAUUUGGAACUGGUACCGGUUUAGAAGGUGGUGUUAAUGCUGUUAAUGGCGGUGUAUGUCUCAAUUUGAGUCGUAUGGAUAAAAUUAUUUCAGUUAAUCCCGAAGAUUUUGACUGCACUGUUCAAGCUGGUGUUACUCGAAAUGCACUAAAUACUUUCAUUCGUGAUACUGGUCUUCAGUUUCCCAUUGAUCCUGGUGCAAAUGCAUCUCUUGGUGGUAUGUGUGCAACUAGUGCAUCUGGAACAAUGGCUGUUAAAUAUGGAACAAUGCGUGAAAAUGUCAUGAAUUUGGAAGUUGUUCUAGCUGAUGGUAGUAUUAUUAAAACAUCAGGACUCAAAGGAAGAAGUCGAAAAACAUCAGCAGGAUAUAAUCUAACGAAUUUAUUUGUUGGUCAAGAAGGAACAUUAGGUAUUAUCACUGAAGCAACUCUGAAACUUCAUGCAACACCUGAAGCGGUUCUUGCUGCUGUUGCUCCAUUCAAAGAUUUUCAGUCUGCAGUUGAUGCAACAGUUGCAAUAAUGCAAAGUGGUUUACCAGUUGCUCGAAUCGAAUUUCUUGAUGAAAAGAUGGUUGAUGCUUGUAAUCGUUUUUCCAAGUUGAGCUUAGAUGUGUUACCAACAUUAUUUCUUGAAUUUCAUGGAAGUAAUAACAACAUAGAAAUGCAAGGGCAAUUAGCAGAGGAGACAUGCAAAUCAUUUGAAUGUCUUAAGUUUGAUUAUGCGACGGAACCAAAUAAACGUGCUGAUUUAUGGAAAGCAAGACAUAAUCUUUUUUACGCAGCCCUGGCUCUCAAACAAGGUUCUAAAGGGUAUAUUACUGAUGUUUGCGUACCAAUUAGUGCUUUGCCUAGGAUGAUAUAUCUUACAAAUAAAGAGUUAAAACGAUUGGAAUUAUUGGGAAUGAUAGCUGGACAUGUGGGUGAUGGAAAUUUUCAUGUGGUCUUAGUCGUGGAUCCAAAAAAUGUUGAAGAAAUGGAACGUGUCCAUGAAUUUAGCAUGAUUUUAGCCAAAGAAUCAUUAGAUCUUCAUGGUACCGUCACAGGUGAACAUGGUAUUGGUCUAGGAAAAAAACAAUUAUUGAUCGAUGAAUUUGGUUUACAAGGAAUUAAUACUAUGAAAGUUAUAAAACAAGCACUUGAUCCAUUGAAUAUUCUCAAUCCUGGCAAAGUUAUAGAUAUGAAAAAAUCGUUUUAA